AUGGUCUUUGAUGAUUUUGGGCCUUCUGACAUUCAGAUUACCGUGUUGAAUACAAGAUCAUAUUCGCAAUUCCGGGGCGCCAAAGAACUAGAGACUAAGCGCAUAAACACGAUGCACGUCAAAUCAGUUGCCUUAAUGGCGCUCGGCGCCGUAAUGCCGACGACCGCUCUGAUCCGAUUCGGGUGUUCUCAGUUGACAGUGACGAGACUUGAUCCCUUAGUCAACCCAGGAGCGAAUCCGUCCCCUCAUUUACAUCAGAUUGUUGGCGGUAAUUCAUUCAACACAUCGAUGGACCCGAGCAACCAUGACCUUCCAAGCCUAUCGACGUGUACAUCUUGUCAAUUUAAGGAAGACCUUUCUAAUUACUGGACCGCCGUUUUGUUCUUUAAGGCUCGAAAUGGAACGUACAAGCGGGUGCCGAUUCGCGGAAAUGUGGGCUUCGAAGGUGCCAACGGAGGCAUGACUGUCUAUUAUAUGCAGGAUGGAUUGGCCGACUUCGAACAGAGGAGCAAGGUCACUGCUUUCAGGCCUGGUUUCCGCAUGCUCGUUGGCGAUCAAGGAGCUCGUACAGCGGACAAGGCGGAGAAGUACCGCCAGCUGACCUAUACAUGUCUGCAAGAUCUCUACACUCGCUACCCAGAGACCAAAAACUUUCCAUCCAGCCCCUGCCCAGCUGGUAUCAUGGUCAAUGCUAGGUUCCCAACUUGUUGGGAUGGAGAAAAUUUGGAUAGUCCGAAUCAUAUGGAUCACGUAGCCUACCCUGCCAACGGUACCUUUGAGUCCGGAGGACCUUGUCCGUCAACCCACCCGGUUAGAAUUCCACAGCUCAUGUUUGAGACAAUCUGGGAUACUCGACAGUUUAACAACCAAAGCGAUUGGCCCACCGACGGUUCACAGCCUUUUGUGUGGUCGAUGAACGAUGAGACGGGUUAUGGGAACCACGGUGAUUAUGUCUUCGGCUGGAAGGACGACUCGCUUCAAAGGACAAUGGAUUCGGCAUGUUAUGUCAAUUGUGACACUCUAACUACCCAGAACAUGUCGGCUCAGAACGACUGCACGAUUAAGUCAGCUGUGGAUGAGGAUGUCGACGGCUGGCUUACAGCUCUUCCGGGUUGGUCCACAAACAGUAACUAG